AUGUUUUUCACAAUAGUUUGGUCUGACUCUUAUAAAAAGACACUAUUUUAUAAAUUUGGAGAACUUUUGUCGGCCAUCAUCUUGGCGAUUAUUUUGCAAGCGCUUUCUCAUUUCCUCGGUGUCUGGAAUAACGGUAUUCCGUUGAAUGAAACAUUGCCGGACAUGACCGAGGAGUUCUACCAAGGAGCAAUUCGAAUUCUCUUCAGCUCGAUCAAUGUGACGCAAGCGUUGGCUCUCUUGAUAACCCCGUUCGCCAUUUGGGGGCCACUUCGAAAUAAUCGACUCACCCUACCGAUACGACUCCAAGCCAUAAAUCAAAGUGCGGCACGGGCUUUGAUGGUUGUUCUUGAACUAUCCGUCGACGUCUGCAAACUCCUCAACUAUUACUUCCCGCAGAAGAAAAAGAAACAAAUGUUGUGCCCUAAUCACUUUUGGCAAUCGAUUGAGGAAGUGAGCAAGUGGAUUGGACCAUUGCAUGCACUGGCGCAAUUCAGUCAACUCAUGAUCUCGAUUAGCCGCUUUUUCGCCGUUUCAUUUGAGGGUCGAUACUUCGAGACAGCUCUCCGAUUACCGUAUCUCCAACUCUUGAUCCCUUAUCUCUAUUGUUAUACCUAUUACUAUCUCGAUCUUUUAUUCAACGAGGAACAACUCCAACCUUGGGCUUUCUUAAAAGAGCAAGCUGAUUAUUUUCCAUAUUUCUUGCAGCUCAGCUUUGAUUACAUGGUCUAUCGAAAAAUGAAAAUGGUGAAGCACGCUGGAAAGAAAGUCUCACGAGCUGAGGCAUUGCUUUUGAUUCAGAUGGUGGCUAACUCAAUUUGCGUGAUUAUCUCCUGGUAUGUUCAAACGUUUCUCCAAGCCAUCGUUUCGCUUUAUUUCGGCCCUACCACUUAUUGGUUUAUAACGAAUUUUGGUGCCACACUGCACAUGAUCAUGUUCGAAUUUGGCAUUAUG